GUCAACGGGAGAUUGCUGCAUGACGCAGUCCGCAGGUACAAAAGAUCCAUGGCUGAUACUACCUUGCAGCCAUCCCGUGAACAUGCACCCCAAUUUCAGCCUCGCGUGACUCACGCCGCCGCGGGGUAGAGUUAAGUACAGUCGCCCUUCUCCAUCUCUCCUCCUCUUCCCCUUCAUCAACCAUCAUGCCUCCCGGUCCCUGGCCCAACGGCGCCCAAGCCGCCGUCUGCCUCACCUUUGACAACAUGGGCGAGGCAGCGGACCUCAAUCGCAAGCUCUGGCCCUCCUCCCAAGCCAUUGGCUCCCACUUCACCGUCACCAAAGUCAUCCCCCUCUUCCUCGACAUGGUGCGCAAGUACGACAUCCCCAUCACCUACUUCGCCGAGAGCUGGAACCUCGGCGUCUACCCCGACACCAUCACACGCAUUGCUGAUCAGGGCCACGAGGUCGCGUGGCAUGCUUGGCAGCACGAGGCGUGGGGCUCGGAGUGCAAAGAGGAAGCAGAUGAGCGCCGAAACUUCGAGAGGAGCUUUGGAAAGGAAGAGGGGAUUGCUGGCUUCUUGGGUGCGGGUGGCAGGGACGAAGGCAGCAAAGUGAAGCGAUAUCGCGGCUUCAGGCCCCCGGGUGGCAGCAUACAUGGCGAGCGGACGUUGAAGAUGUGCCGGGAAUUCGGCCUGGGCUGGAUCAGUCCGGCGGCGGAAGAAGGCGCACUUGUCCCCUUGAGUGAUGGGCAAGACUCGAUCGUCGUUUUGCCAUUCCGAUGGUCGACCGUGGACGCCUACUACUACAUGGAGCAAUUCUCGAAGCUGAGGGAGUCAAAGGGUGUAUAUCCUGCCGAGCCUCAAACUUCCGACGUCCUGAUACAAAGCUUCCGCGAGCAGCUCGACGAGACGAUCGAGAAGAAUGGCUUCUUGUCUUUUCUGUUCCAUCCCUUUCUUCACGACCCGGAAGAUCGACGGCAAGCUAUGGAUGGCUUCUUGCAGCAUCUUGCCAAGCUCAGAGACGAAGGUAAGAUCUGGCUUGGGCGAGGGAGUGAAGUGGAGCAGUGGAUUCGCGAGCACCCGACUGUGGUCGACAGUGAUCCUCAGUGGGACAAUUCAACCUGGAUGUGAGGGCCAAUGCUUCAUCCUUAUGAAAUCAUGAAGACAGCAGUGUGCUAUGCAGCUAAAAGUUCGUCGUUCUCGUCAAGACACCUCUCUUCCUGCUGCAAUCUUUA